AUCCUUGCUUGUCAGAUAAUUAAUACAUUCAUUCUUUCCAAAAUGAGUACAAACUCCUCUCAACAAGACCAAUUUGCCGAUAAUACUAAUCAACAAGUUAAUAAUAGCGAGGCUAUUAAAAUGAUAAAACAAUUAGUAGUUCCGCAAAUUACGAACAAUUCCCAAGCAAAUACAUUUUUCAAUGGAACAAAGUUUCAUGAUAAAAAUGAUAUCGAAUCGUUAAUUUUGCCUGCUGGAUGUGGAUGUUCAGGAAAAAUUAGAAUUUUAUUAGAAUUUUAG